GUGGCGGAAAUGAGACUCCGCGGUUCUCCGUCCGGGAUCCGCGGUGAGGUUUGGGCGGUAUCUGGGAGACGGGAGAUGAGGCUAAUUAGUCUCGAAGGACUGCCGCAGUUGCCCAAACGAAAUCUAGGUCAAUGUAGUCAGGAAAGGGAGGCGGAGUAUGAAUCAGGAAACGGGGCUGCGGAGCUUCCGGCGCAGAGGAGUUUGGACUACGGCGGCCGCGCAGGCUUCUUCGGUUCUGGCCCCACGCUCGAAGCCGCCGUCGGCGUGCACCCUCGCCCCGCCCUGGUUAGUGUGGGGCCGGCCGGCCAGGCCUGCGCAGUUGCGGCGGCGUUGGAAGAUGGUGGAGGACGGCGCGGAGGAGCUGGAAGACCUGGUGCACUUCUCGGUGUCCGAGUUGCCCAGUCGCGGUUACGGUGUCAUGGAGGAGAUCCGGCGGCAGGGCAAGCUGUGCGAUGUGACGCUCAAGAUUGGGGACCACAAAUUCAGUGCUCACCGGAUCGUCUUAGCAGCCUCAAUUCCAUACUUCCAUGCAAUGUUUACAAAUGACAUGAUGGAGUGCAAGCAGGAUGAGAUUGUGAUGCAAGGCAUGGACCCCAGUGCCUUGGAGGCUCUGAUCAACUUUGCUUACAACGGCAACCUUGCUAUUGACCAGCAAAAUGUGCAAUCACUGUUGAUGGGUGCGAGCUUCUUACAACUGCAAAGCAUCAAAGACGCCUGCUGCACAUUCCUCCGAGAACGGCUUCACCCCAAAAACUGCCUGGGUGUACGCCAGUUUGCUGAGACGAUGAUGUGCGCUGUGCUCUACGAUGCGGCCAACAGCUUCAUCCACCAGCACUUUGUGGAGGUGUCCAUGUCAGAAGAAUUCCUGGCCCUGCCCUUGGAAGACGUGCUGGAGCUGUUGUCUCGGGAUGAGCUGAAUGUUAAAUCAGAGGAGCAAGUCUUUGAAGCUGCACUGGCCUGGGUCAGAUAUGACCAGGAGCAGAGAGGAGCCUACCUGCCUGAGCUGCUGUCCAGCAUCCGCCUGCCUCUCUGUCGGCCCCAGUUCCUGUCAGAUCGAGUGCAGCAAGAUGACCUGGUGCGUUGCUGCCACAAAUGCAGGGAUCUGGUAGACGAAGCCAAGGACUAUCACCUCAUGCCAGAGCGCCGGCCCCACCUGCCAGCCUUCAGAACUCGGCCUCGCUGCUGCACCUCUAUUGCUGGGCUCAUCUAUGCUGUAGGGGGCCUCAACUCAGCAGCAAAUUUUUAUGCAGGUGAUUCCCUGAAUGUGGUGGAAGUGUUUGACCCCAUUGCCAACCGCUGGGAGAAAUGCCAUCCCAUGACCACAGCGCGCAGCCGUGUGGGCGUGGCUGUGGUGAAUGGGCUUCUCUAUGCCAUCGGGGGAUAUGACGGCCAACUUCGCCUGAGCACUGUGGAGGCCUACAACCCAGAGACGGACACAUGGACCAGAGUGGGGAGCAUGAAUAGCAAGAGAAGUGCCAUGGGGACAGUCGUGCUGGAUGGACAGAUCUACGUGUGUGGGGGCUACGAUGGCAACUCCUCCCUCAACUCCGUGGAGACCUACUCACCCGAGACGGAUAAGUGGACAGUGGUGACCCCGAUGAGCUCAAAUCGCAGUGCUGCAGGGGUUACAGUCUUUGAGGGCAGGAUCUAUGUGUCGGGCGGCCAUGAUGGUUUGCAGAUCUUCAACAGUGUGGAGCACUACAACCAUCACACAGCCACAUGGCACCCAGCUGCUAGCAUGCUCAACAAACGCUGCCGCCAUGGAGCUGCCUCCCUUGGAAGUAAGAUGUUUGUGUGUGGGGGCUACGACGGUUCUGGCUUCCUCAGCAUCGCCGAGGUGUACAGCUCGAUGGCAGACCAAUGGAGCCUGAUUGUACCCAUGCAUACACGCCGGAGUAGGGUCUCCCUUGUGGCCAGCUGUGGGCGCCUCUAUGCUGUUGGGGGCUAUGAUGGACAGUCAAACCUAAGUUCGGUGGAGAUGUACGACCCAGAGACAGACUGCUGGACGUUUAUGGCCCCCAUGGCUUGCCACGAGGGAGGGGUUGGUGUGGGCUGCAUUCCUCUCCUGACCAUCUAAGGCAGAGAUGGUAGGAUGUGGUGGGAUAGGGAUCUGGUACAAACAUAAGGCACUUCCUUCCAGGGACAGUCCCUCUCAAAGAGAGGUAGUGACCCAAAGAGGGGGUGAAAAUGUGA